AAACGUUUGUCGUUUCAAUAUCUGUGAAUCUGGGAGUCACUGAUUCAUCCUACUAUCAAAAGGGGGACAAGUGGUGUCUACGAAAACACUGGGAAGAGCAGCUGGUUUUUGUACUUGAAGAUCAUCGAAGGGGAUGCAAUUAACUCUUGAAUUCGGGGGAGGUUUAGAGCUGCUCUGCGAUUCACAAAAGAUCCAUAAAGUAAACGUAGACUUGCCCAAUGGCGAAGAUGAUCUGACAAUGAAGCAUUUGCUUACAUGGGUUCGUACAAAUCUGAUCAAAGAGAGGCCUGAAAUGUUCAUCAAGGGUGAUACUGUAAGACCUGGUGUUCUUGUGUUAGUGAACGACUGUGAUUGGGAGCUAAGCGGCCAGCUCGAGACCACAAUCCAAGAGAAAGAUGUUAUCGUUUUCAUCUCCACCUUGCACGGUGGAUAAAAAAGAACAUAUCGCUGGAGUGUGAUUCAUCAUCGAAGUUCAUGUCAUUUCUGCAACUACAGAACCAAUAAUAAUGUGUUUGUUUACUUGAAGAAUUAAUAUUAGAAAGAACAUUUCACGAAAACAAUACAUAGAAUCUCACGUGGUGGGUUACAUAA